AUGGACUCUCCCACCGAGGAAAAGUUCAACGACAAAAAGUCCCCCUUUGAGAAGGACGCCAUCGAGGUGGACUUCGAGGCUGCUGAGGUCACCGAUAUCUCUUUCGUUGAUUACGUCGGCGAAAAGCUCAAUUUUGUCCCUGACGAAAAUGGCGAACACACCAAGAAUGUUCGUCUCAUGGCCAGUUUUGUCGCUGAGAUGACCGAGGAAGAAGCUGAGGAAAUUCUUCUCAAGUUCAUCCCCCUCCACGAAGAUGAUUACAAUCUGCGGUUGGAGCAAAAGGAAUAUCUGAAGUCGCUUGUGAAAGGCGAGAAAGAAGCACCUGACCCCACAACCUACUCUAUGGAUCUCCGAAUCGAAGCUGCUGCCAUCAAGCAUUGGUCGCCUUACGUCGAAGUUCGAGCCGUUACCGAUUGUUGGGAUGAUAUGGACGAACCUUGCGAGACAAUCAGAUCUUAUGCCAUCGGCUUGGUCUGGCUUCUUGUCGGAUGCUUCGUGAACCAGUUCUUCAUCUUCCGCUUCCCUUCCAUCUCCAUUAGCUCCGACGUCCUGCAGCUGCUCACCUAUCCAUGUGGAGAGUUCCUGGCUCGAGUUUUGCCCGACUGGGGGUUUACUUUCCGAGGAACCCGAAUCACUCUCAACCCUGGUCCUUGGACAAGAAAGGAGCAGAUGUUUGCGACCUUCUUCCUCAGCGGUGGUGAUGGUUCCACUUAUGUGUCGGCCUACAACCUCCCCACCCAGCUCCUGCCCAUGUACUACGAUCAGAAAUGGGCCACCUUUGGUUACCAGAUUAUGUUGACCCUUUCUUCUCAGUACAUUGGUUUUGGAUUCGCUGGUAUCCUGCGACGAUUUGCCAUCUACCCUACCAAGGCAAUGUGGCCUAUGCAAAUGCCCACUCUGGCGCUCAACCGAGCCCUACUGGAUCCCGAGAGGAAGCAGAGCAUCAACGGAUGGACCAUUAGCAAGUAUUGGUUCUUCCUGGUGGUGUUUGCAGGCUCAUUCGUCUACUAUUGGAUUCCCGACUACCUGUUUGCAGCUCUCAGUAACUUCAACUGGAUGACAUGGAUAGCUCCCAACAAUGUAAACCUGGCUCUUCUCACUGGGCAGUCUGGAAUGGGUAUAAACCCCAUCCCCACCUUUGAUCUUAACGUCAUUGGCGUGGGUAACGUCGUCACUCCGUGGUGGUCAGUUGUUAACAUUCUUGUGGGAGCUAUUCUAGGAACCUUUACAAUCAUUGGUGUAUACUGGUCCAACAUCAGAUGGACCGCCUAUCUGCCUAUGAACACUCCUGGAAUCUUCAACAACAAAGGAGGUAGCUACAAGGUGACCAAGAUCCUGACUAAUGGUGUUUUUGACGAGGAGAAGUACCAGAAGUAUGGUCCUCCACUGUGGGGAGCUGCUAACCUGGUACUCUACGGUUCUUUCUUUUCUCUCUACACCCUUGGCUUUGUUUACACCAUGCUGGCUUACUGGAGAGAUAUGUGCACAGCUGCCGUGGACUUUUACAACGGUAUUGCCUUCUGGAACGGACGAAAGCGAACCGAGGUUGACUCUCCUUUUGCCCGACAGCUCAAAAAGUACCCCGAUGUCCCUGAUUGGUGGUUCUUUCUUAUUCUUCUCAUCUCCAUUGGCUUCUGCAUUGGCACUGUCAAGGGCUGGCCCACUUCCACUCCUGUCUGGGGUAUCUUCUUUGUUCUCGGCAUCAACGUGGUCUUCCUAGUCCCUAUCUGUCUCCUUCAAGCUUACACUGGUAACGGAUUUGCCCUCAACGUGCUUGUGGAGAUUAUUUGUGGCUAUGCUCUCAACGGACGACCUACUGCACUCAACAUUUUAAAGGCAUACGGAGUCAACGUAGACUCCACCUCUCAGGGCUUUGUGUCUGUGUGGAAGACUGGAAUGUACGCCUACGUGCCUUCUCGGGCCAUUUUCCGAACCCAGAUCCUCUCCACCCUCAUCAAUGCGUUUGUCACCGUCGGAAUUCUCCAGUACCAGCUCACCUUGACAGAUAUUUGCACCCCGGCCCAGCGAGCUACUACCAAGUUUACUUGCCCCAACCAGAACGUCUUCUACUCUGCAUCGGUUCUAUUUGGAGCUAUCGGAUCCAAGCGAGUUUUUGGAACCGGGGGAGGGGAUGGCCUUUACCCCUUCCUUAAGUGGUGUUUCCUCAUUGGAGCAGUUGUUGCUCUCAUUUUCUUCGCCAUUCAGUACACCAUUCCGGCCUACAUUGGCAAGCGGUACCCCGAGAGAAAGGAGGCCAUGGUUCGACUCUCGGAGCGACUUGGAAAGAUUAACCCCGUUGUUAUCAACAUGGGCUUCCUUCAGUUCGCUCCUGGCAACCUAUCAUACAUUACUGGAGGUGUUUAUCUGGCAGCAUUUUGGACUCUGUACUUGAAGAAGAGAUACACUGAGUGGUGGGCCAAGUACACCUAUGUGAUGGUUGCAGGUGUCAAUGUCGGUAUCGCCCUGGCAGCAAUCAUUGUGUUCUUUGCCCUCCAAUACAGCGACAUUGAGCUCAGUUGGUGGGGAAACAAUGUGCCUUACGCUGGUGCCGAUGGUAAUGAAACUCCCUUAUUGACAUUGGCUCCAGGCCAACUUAUUGGUCCUCAGCCCGGUCACUUCCCUUAG